GUACAUCAUCCGGGUUCUUUUGUUAUUGUACUCGCUCUCAGUAUGAACGCACUGGCGCACUCAAUAAAGUGAGUGCGGGUUAUUUACAUUUUACAAUCAUAUUGACAUUAUCGCCAUUGAAUAGUUUUCAAGUUAAACCGCAACAUCUCUCACGAAGAACAUGAACACAAUCAGUUUCAUGGUGUCGUCGGGAAGACGAUGUAUGCAGACAUUCAGACGACCGCCACUCCUUUUACCUGCAGCUUCGUCGAAGGUACAGCGUCGUCUUCAGUCGACGCAACCCGUCUGUGCAGCCCGGCUGCCUUACAGGGUCAAGGUGCGUGCUGGGAAACGCUAUGCCUGGUGUGCAUGUGGACACAGCAAGAAACAGCCUUACUGCGAUGGAGCUCACAAGACUGAAGCGCGGAGUAUUUCUCCACUUCGAUUCACUCCUGACAAAGACAAGACUGUCAUGCUGUGUGCCUGCAAGCAGACUAAAAACGCUCCUUUUUGUGAUGGCUCGCACUUUAAAGUCAUCUUCAGGGAUGUACUCAAGUCGGGACCCUCCUCGGUAAAGCUGACCAAGCACAACUCUGCGGUCCGAGAAACUAGGAUUUUUGGAAGGUGCACGUCACAGUCUGCGUCAGGGUACUGUACGUAUACUCUCACACAGCUUUGCUUAUGUGAGAGUAUAUCCCAUGCUCUACUCUCUACCUCAGAGUUCCAAUCCAACUGUGGUUUAUGUCACUUCCAGAAGUUUGCCGAUAACUCUAUUGUUGGAUGAAUUAAAGUGUAUCUUGUUUGUUUGAUACAUGUGGCACAAUAAAUUGAAGACUGUAUGUGCAUUAAUUUGCUUGUAAUCUGGACAGUAAAGAUAGUCACUCAGAACGGUAUUUAGACAUGAUCAAUGUUGACUAUCCCUGCUUUGUACUCAUAUUAGUUUGAAUGUUUUAAAGAAUGCAGUAUACUUUGUAUGAAAAUCAUCCUAUAUUUUUUAUUGUAUUACCUUAAAAGUGCCUUUUUUCUACAUUGUUGUG